AUGCAAAAUAUUGCUGCAAGCGAUGAAUACAUAGGCACCAGAGAUUUCAUGCAAACAGUUUCCUACGUUCAGAAAACCAGUUUACAUGCAAAUUACAGGGCAUCUUGCAUCUUACAACUUGCUUCAUACAGCUUGCUUCGAAUCAGGAGCUGCUCCAAGCUAUCCAUAACGGAUGAUCCUGAUAAACUUCGUGAGAAAAAGGAUAAGCGAAAUCGUAAAAAAAGAGACAAAUUUGCUGCUCUAUCUGUCGAAGAGAAACAGGCUCAGCGCAAAAAAAACAGAGAAGCUUAUCACAGAAAAAAAUUGGAGAAAAUACUUUCCAAGUCCUUGCCACAACAAUUUCAAGAAGCCUCUCAACCACCAGUUUCUGCAUCUGUUAUGCGUAGCCUUUCUGCUCAACAAUGUUCUCAUGCUUUGAAUGAUAAAGUUAUCCAAGCUAUUGGUUGUCAAACUUCCAAACUCAAUGAGAAUGUUCAUGGAAUUAUUGGUUGUAAUCAAGGUGCUCCAAAACCUGGUAUUCGGAUUUCUCCCUCUCCAAAUAACAGUGAUGAACUACCUUCUGCUCAGUUGGGUAGAAAAUUAGAGGAACAGAUUUCUUGCUUCUCAAGCUAUGAGAAAGGAUCUGCUUCUAACUCUGGUACACAACAUACAUGUGUAGCUACUGACAUGGUACACAAUGCAGAUAAAUCAUUCAUAUGCAUGAACUGCUACAAAUUCUUGACAGAAAUAGCUGAACAAACUUCAGAUUUGUCAGCUAUCCUCCCAAUACACCAGCUGUAUCAAGUCCCUGAUAAUUGUUCUGCUAAAACAAGAAGAGUUGCAGGUAAUCAGGCUGUUGAUGGAGUUCAUGCACUGGAAUUUAUUAAUCAUCAGGCAGAUAGAUUACCUGCAAAAGCUGAUUGUCACUACUGUGGAGGAAAAAAAAUGCACUCUGAGACACCCAAUUUCUGUUGCUCAGACGGACAAGUAGUUCUCCAUGAGAAUAAAUUGCCAGAUAUUCUUGUAGAAUUGUUCACUGGUCAUUCUGAUGAAACUUUAUCCUUUCGUACAUAUGUCAGAACAUACAAUAAUAUGUUUGCCUUCACUUCCUUUGGUGUACACUAUGAUAAAUCGCUUUGCAAGAGAACAAAUGGCAUUUAUACCUUCAAAGUUCAAGGACAAAGCUAUCACUUUAUCAAAGACCUUAUUCCACAUGGAGGAUCUGGAUUAUAUCUGCAAUUCUAUUUUCAUGAUACAGAUCAUGAGCUUCAAAACAGAAUGGCAGUUUCAGAAAGAUUAAUAGAGAGUAUAGUAAUGAAGAUCAUGGAAGUCAUGAAGUCUAAUCCAUACGCAUGUUUUCUCCGCAGUCUAAGAAACGUUCCAAAUCUGGAUUCAUAUCAGAUAGUCUUGAAAUCACAUUCACAGAAUGAUCAACGAGUAUUCAAUCAUCCAACAGCUUCUCAGGUUGCAGCUCUUUGGACAGAAACAGAGAGUUCAGGAACAAGUUAUGUUAGACACAUUAAAAUUUAUACAAAAGAAGGAAGGGAUCACCUCGUCCAGUACUAUUAUGGUUGUUACGAUCCUCUGCAAUAUCCACUAUUAUUUGCACUUGGUGAAACAGGCUGGCAUCCUGGAAUUAGAAGAUUUGUCAGAGAAAAUGGCAAAAAGAGAAAAAGAUCUGUUCAGAGAAACAAACCUACUGCUCUCCUCACCAAUUUCAAAUCUGCUGAAGACAUGAUAUCUGCUGAAGAAGAAGUUUCCAAUGAUCCUGAAAACAAUGGUGAAUUUGUGUCAAUGCGAGAAUAUUAUGCUUAUAAAUUGCAGAUCAGAGACAAAUAUUCUCCAAACAUACUUAACACUGGUAGAUUACUUCAGCAAUAUGUUGUGGAUAUGUACAUCAAAAUUGAAAGUCAGAUAUUGGAUUACUAUAAAAGCAAACAAGAAUUCAUAAGGAGAGAGCAGCUGCAAGGCGUAAUGGAUAGUGUUAUAACAGGUCAAUGCCAAGGUUUAAAAGUAGGGCAACGAGUAGUCCUUCCAGCUUCAUUCAUAGGAGGCCCUCGAGACAUGAAAAGGAGAUAUGUUGAUGCUAUGGCUUUGGUCCAGAAAUUUGGCAAACCAGAUUUAUUCAUUACAAUGACUUGCAAUCCUUCAUGGCCAGAAAUAAAGAAUCUCAUGCUUCCAACAGAUGAAGCACAUAACAGGCCCGACCUGCUCACUCGAAUCUUUCACGCAAAGCUUGAUGUUUUGAAACAAGAGUUAUUCAAGAAAGAAAUAUUUGGAUCUGUUGCUGCUUACACAUAUGUCAUAGAGUUCCAGAAACGCGGUUUACCUCAUGCUCAUUUCCUCAUAAUUCUGAAGCCAUGUUCAAAACUUUACUCUACAGAUUCUUAUGACAGAAUAGUUAGUGCAGAGAUUCCAGAUCAAAGCAAAAAUCCACAUCUUUUCAACAUGGUUCGCAGACACAUGAUUCAUGGCCCUUGUGGAAAAAGAAAUCCAACCAAUGUUUGUAUGCGAGGAGAACAUAAAAAAAAAUGCAGGAAUAAUUAUCCAAAACCAUUUGCCGAUAAGACUUUUCAUGGAGAUAACACAUACCCUACUUAUCGAAGAAGAAACAAUGGAUACAAAAUGAUGGUCCGUGGACAUGAGUUUGAUAACAGAUGGGUUGUUCCAUACAAUCCUUACCUUCUUGCAAAAUUCAACUGCCAUCUGAACAUGGAAAUCUGCUCUACAGUCAAGGAAGUAAAGUACAUGUAUAAGUAUAUCUACAAAGGUCAUGACAAGAUUCAUUUUGUACUCAAUUCACAGGAUUCUAAUGAGCUGAAUUCUGAUGGUCAUGUCUGUGCAAUCGAUGAGAUCAAAGACUAUCAAUCAGCUAGAUGGGUCUGUGCUGUGGAAGGUAUAUGGAGAAUAUACAGGUUCCUGCUGUUUCAAAUACAUCCUGCUGUUAUUCACUUACAAAACUGUCAACCAUUGAAUUUCAGAGAAGACCAAGACCUACGUGAUAUAGUAGCAAAUAGAUUUGCUAAGAGAACCAUGUUGACAGAAUUUUUCUACAUGAAUUCUACUGAUUCUCUAACUCAGAAUCUCAAAUGUACUUACAAACAGUUUCCUGAGCACUUUGUUUGGUAUCCAGGAAGAAGGAAAUGGGAACCAAGAAAGCAGAAAGACUCUAUAGGUAGGAUAGUAACAGCCAACCCAAUGGAAGGAGAACGAUACUUUCUUAGAUUGCUACUCACAAAUGUCAAAAGUCCAACUUCAUUCGAUGACUUAAGAACAAUAAAUGGAGCAUAUGUACGUACUUUUCGUGAGGCAGCAAUUCUCAGGGGUUACUUUGAGUCUGAUAAGUCGCAACAACAAUGCCUUGAGGAAGCAGCUAUGUAUCAUAUGCCAUAUACUUUGAGAAGAUUAUUUGCCACACUACUUGUUCAUUUUCCUCCUUCAAAUCCCAGAUAUCUUUGGGAACAAUUUGAAGAGCCAUUAUCUAAAGAUAUCAGCAGAACUCCACAAGUAUCAGUUGAUCAAAUUCGUUUCCAGGUACUGUACCAGAUAAAUCAGUUCCUACAAUCAAUGGGAAAAGAUAUCAAUGAGUAUGCUUUAGUUCCAAAUAUCAUGAAUUUUGAUAGCUUGAACAACAACACUCGUGAUAUAAUAGCUGAAACAAGAAUCUCUGUACCAGAGCAGGACUUAUUAGCAAUUGAGCAAUUAAAUGCUGAUCAGAAAAAAGUUUUUGAUAUUAUUAUAAAUGCAGUUUUUGUUGAAAAAAAAGGAGCCUUUUUCAUUGAUGGACCAGGUGGAACAGGAAAAACAUUCCUUUAUCGAGCACUACUAGCAGAAAUCAGGUCAAAAGGACACAUAGCUCUGGCUACAGCAUCCUGUGGAGUUGCGGCUUCGAUUCUUCCAGGUGGAAGGACAGCUCAUUCGAGAUUCAAGAUACCAAUUAGUGGAACACGAGAUAAGCAAUGCAGAAUUAGUAAACAGAGCUCAUUAGCAAAACUGCCGCAAUCUGCAAUUCUGAUUAUCUGGGAUGAAGCUCCAAUGACACACAAGAUUUCGAUUGAGAGUGUUGACAAAAUUCUCAGAGACAUAAUGGACUGCAACAAUUUGUUUGGAUCAAAGGUCAUUGUUUUUGGAGGUGAUUUUCGUCAAGUCUUGCCAGUAGUAACAAAAGGAUCAAAAUCUGAAUUUAUCGAUGCAAGUAUAGUGAACUCAUACAUAUGGCCACAGCUACAUAAGUUGCAUCUGACUCAAAAUAUGAGAGCAAGAUAUGAUGCAGAAUUUACUGAAUAUCUACUCCGCAUCGAAAAUGGAACAAAGCCACUUAUCUCCAACAAUUCUAUCCAGAUACCUGCAUCAAUGCUGAUAAGAUAUACCAAUGAGGAAGAAUCAAUGAACACAUUGAUCCGCACAGUGUUCCCAGAUUUGAAUGCUUUUUGCCAGGACAAUUUCUCUGCAAUUAAUCGUGCUAUUCUGACAACAAAAAAUGACUUUGUGGAUCAAAUUAAUCAGAGGCUCAUUGUACAGUUCGAAGGACAAUUGCAAGAAUAUACCAGCUGA